GGGGUCCUCCGCGCCGCCAGAGGGCGCGCCGAGCGCGGGGCCGGAGCCGAGCGGGCCGGGCUGUACCGUGUGCAGCCAUGGCGGUGCUGCUGGAGACCACGGUGGGCGACCUGGUCAUCGACCUGUACACGGAGGAGCGGCCCCGCGCUUGUCUGAAUUUCCUGAAGCUCUGCAAAGUCAAAUACUACAAUUAUUGUCUUAUUUAUAAUGUACAGAGGGAUUUUAUUAUACAAACUGGUGACCCCAUGGGAACUGGUCGUGGAGGGGAAUCCAUAUUUUGUCAACUGUAUGGUGAUCAAGCCAGAUUUUUUGAGGCAGAAAAGGUGCCAAGAAUCAAGCACAAGAAGAAGGGAACUGUGUCAAUGGUGAACAAUGGCAGUGAUCAGCAUGGAUCACAGUUCCUCAUUACCACAGGGGAAAACCUGGAUUACCUUGAUGGUGUACAUACAGUGUUUGGAGAAGUGACAGAAGGCAUGGAUGUAUUGAAGACAAUUAAUGAAACCUUUGUAGAUAAGGAUUUUAUCCCAUAUCAAGAUAUCAGGAUAAAUCAUACAGUAAUUUUAGAUGAUCCCUUUGAUGACCCACCUGGCUUGUGUGUUCCUGAUCGCUCACCAGAACCUACAAAGGAACAGCUCGAUAGUGGCAGAAUAGGAGCAGAUGAAGAAAUUGAUGACAUGAAAGGACGGACUGCAGAUGAAAUAGAGGAAUUUCAGGCAGAAAAAGAAGCAAAAACUCGUGCAAUUCUUUUGGAAAUGGUGGGAGACUUGCCAGAUGCAGACAUCAAGCCACCAGAAAAUGUGCUUUUUGUUUGUAAACUGAAUCCUGUGACCACAGGUGAAGACCUGGAGAUAAUAUUUUCACGAUUUGGUCCCAUUAAAAGUUGUGAAGUGAUCAGAGACUGGAAGACUGGUGAAUCUCUUUGUUAUGCUUUCAUUGAGUUUGAAAAGGAGGAAGACUGUGAGAAAGCCUACUUCAAAAUGGACAAUGUGCUGAUAGAUGACAGACGGAUACACGUGGAUUUUAGCCAGUCUGUUGCAAAGAUUAAAUGGAAGGGAAAAGGUGGGCGGUAUACCAAAGAAGAUUUCAAGGACUAUGAGAAGGAACGUGACAAACCUUCGAAAUUUGCCCUGAAAGAAAAGAUAAAACCAAAGCAAGAUGCUAAGUAUGACCUUGUGCUGGAUGAAGAUGUAGAAGAGUCUCACACAAGUCAGUCACACUUGGCUAAAAAACAGAAAAAGAAAAAGCACCACCACUCUGAAGAUGAAGAUGAUGACAAGAGGACCAAAAAAUCUAAGGACUCUGACCGGAAGCAUGAAGACCGCUGCAGGGAGAGGACCAAGAUUGAGAAGAAGGACAGGCAUCGGAGCCGCAGCCAUUCUCAGGAGAGAGAUUACUCUUACAGCAGACAAAAAGACAAAUACAGAGAAGACAGCCGAGGAAGAGACUGGGAUAAAAAAGCAGACAGAAGCAGAAGUCCUAAGAAAUCAAAAGACAAAGAGAGGUCCAAGUACAGAUGAAGGACAAGGAAAAUACAGAGGGGAACUAAAAUAAUAAAUUUAACUUUUUUCUUU